AUGAAGGCUGCUCGUGCCUUUUGGCCGGCCUUCCUGGCCGUCACUCGCGCUGGCGCGAUGCCACCACAGCCCCACGGUCAGGCGGUGCUCGAUGCCACUUCUGAUCUCCCUGUCCACUCUCUGGGCGUGGGCCACUUCAGCGAGUGGAGUCGCGCAACGAAGAAGCAGGCAACGAAGGCGGUGACCUCGACAGCAUGA